AUGAUGCUUGAAACCCAAAUAUCACAAAUAGCACAACAACAAGCCCCCCAGGCCACACCUGAAGGGCAAUUUCCUAGACAACCUCAACCCAACCCUCGAGGGCAAGCUAACAUUGUUACCCUACAAAGUGGGACCACUUAUGACGAACCUGUAAAACCAACCUUGAGUGAACCAGAGGCUUCUAAGAAAAACAUUGUGUCUACAAAUGGAGUAGAGGAACUAGAGGGACAAAAAGACCAGGAAGUGAAAGAUAAGGGAAACGUUUAUAAAGAGUGCAACUCUAUUGCUGAGAAUAAACUUGCUAAGAAGGAGAAAGAUCCCGAAAGCUUUUCCAUACCUUGUAUUUUAGGGAAUCAUGUUAUAGACAAAGCAUUCCUAGACUUGGGAGCAAGCGUAAGCUUGAUGCCUUUAGCAGUUUUUAGAAGGCUAAACCUAGGAGAAUUGCAACCGACUAAGAUGUAUCUUCAAUUAGCCAAUAGAUCUGUAAAAUAUCCAGUAGGCAUAUUAGAAGACACUCUAGUUAGAAUCGGACAACUUUAUAUCCCAACAGAUUUCAUGGUAAUGGACAUUAAAGAAGACGACGAAAUCCCAGUCCUCUUUGGUAGACCUUUCUUAUCAACAGCGGGAGCCAUAAUAGAUGUUAAAAGAGGAAAAUUAACUUUUGAGGUAGGUGAUGAAAAUAUAGAAUUUAUACUUUCCAAAUUCCUAAUGGCUCUAGUCAUAGAGGACUCAUGUUAUACCAUCAAUAUCAUUGAUGAAUGCAUAAGGGAGCUAGAUCAAGAAGGACCUCCUGAAACAAUGAAAUUUCCCUCGACUUCCAUAAGAGAAGACGACGGAUUUGGAAUGGAGCCUUGCAUAGAUGACAACCUUUAUGAAUGCUUAGCACUUAUCCCAAACCAUAUGCCAUGUCCUAAAAAACCAUCUAUAUAA